GCGGCGGAUGGCGCUGCGCAGCUAGUCGGUGCAUUGCGGCGGCGGGCGGACCGAGGCGCCGCCGUGCUGCUCCGCGCCGCGGCCAUUCCGCACGGCGGCACCGCCUCGCACAGGAGCAGCCGGCGGGAGCCGCCGCCGCAGCCAUGGCCAAGGAGGGAGCGCAGCGGGCGGAGGAGACGGAGCAGAUGAUCGAGAAGGAGGGCGGCAAGGAAGCCGCCGAGGGCAGCGCCGCCGGCAGCCUGCGGGCUGGGGACACGAAGGAGAUGAGAGCCGUGGUGCUGUCCGCCUUCGGCGGGCUCAACAAGCUCCGCGUGUCCAAGAAAGCCAUGCCGGAGCCGCAGGAGGGGGAGCUGAAGAUCCGCGUCAAAGCCUGUGGUUUGAACUUUAUUGAUCUGAUGGUGCGGCAGGGGAAUAUCGACAACCCUCCUAAGACACCACUUGUUCCUGGGUUUGAAUGCUCUGGAAUUGUGGAAGCUCUCGGAGAUAGCGUGAAAGGAUUUGAGAUUGGAGACAGAGUCAUGGCUUUUGUAAACUACAACGCAUGGGCUGAAGUAGUAUGUACCCCAGUAGAAUUUGUCUACAAGAUCCCAGAUGACAUGAGUUUCUCGGAAGCUGCUGCGUUUCCCAUGAACUUUGUAACUGCCUACAUGAUGCUGUUUGAGGUUGCCAACCUAAGAGAAGGCAUGUCCGUGCUGGUUCACUCGGCAGGAGGCGGGGUGGGUCAAGCUGUUGCUCAGCUCUGUUCAACUAUUCCCAAUGUCACUGUUUUUGGAACAGCGUCUUCUUUCAAACAUGAGGCAAUCAAAGACUCAGUAACUCACCUGUUUGACAGAAAUGCAGACUAUGUUCAAGAAGUAAAAAGAAUCUCGACAGAUGGAGUGGAUAUUGUUUUGGACUGUCUGUGUGGAGAAAAUACUGGGAAAGGCCUCAGUCUUCUCAAACCACUUGGGACUUAUAUUUUAUACGGUUCAUCUAACAUGGUUACUGGGGAGACAAAAAGCUUCUUCAGUUUUGCAAAAUCAUGGUGGCAGGUUGAGAAAGUAAAUCCUAUCAAGCUGUACGAGGAGAACAAAGUCAUUGCUGGAUUUUCCCUGUUGAAUCUACUUUUUAAACAGAAUCGAGGUGGUCUGAUCAAGGGUGUGAUGGACAAACUCCUAAAUCUCUAUACCACUAAGAAGAUCAAGCCUGUGGUUGAUUCGUUAUGGGCUUUGGAAGAGGUGAAGGAGGCCAUGCAGAGAAUCCAUGACCGAGGAAAUAUAGGAAAACUCAUUCUGGAUGUGGAGAAAGCUCCCACUCCCCUGAUGGCCAAUGACAGCACAGAGACAAGUGAGGCUGGGGAGGAGGAAGAAGACCAUGAAGGGGACAACGAGAAUAAAGAGCGCAUGCCGUUCAUCCAGUAACAGCCGGAGGUGCUGGGAGCAGAAAGAUUGAUGAAGUAGAAGGGAACACGACUGGGAAAUCUAUUCUGUGCAUCAGUGAACAAAUGCUGUAGUACAGUGUGUGUUGUAUUUGUCUGCAGUCAGCUGAGCUAUGAGCCGUUGAUCAUUGUUGUUUUGAACUCAAGUGCCAUCCUCAUCCAGUGCAGUAUUACGACAUUGCUGUGUAACACCCCGUUUCCCUGUAGGAGUCCCAUGGAUUUUUCUGUUCCAGUUUAAAAGCCUUAUUAACUUACUGUGUAGUUUUAGAUGGGCAUCUCUUUCAUGCAAAUUCCAACAUUUUGCAUAAGGGGGGGAGGCUGGGCUUUUUUUGCAAGUUGACAACAGUAAGAAGACAAUUCCCCACUUGCUGUCUGGCACGUUCUAGUAACUGGAGUGAGGAUUUUCAGUUUGUGGAUUUUCAGUGUUAAAGAAGUUUUUCUUUUAUGAACCACAGAUAAAAGUUGCAAAACAGAUAACUUCUCAUUUUCCUCAGUCAUGCUUUAUCAUUUUAUAAGCAAUCCUAUUUUCGUUUUCAAAAAUACCUCGUUCGCAAUUGCCAAAUCUAAAAUUGUGCAAGAAAUCAUUAAUUGAGAGACUUCGCUUAGUAUCGUAUAAUCAUGUUGGUCAUCCACAACAGUAAUUAAACAUUUCAUUCAGAGUGCCACCUAUCUUGUCUCUCCUGUUGAUCUGAGCUAUAUGUUACAGGCAAAUGAAAAGGUCAGUGAGCUGCUCUUUUUUGACCCAGAACUUCAUUUGCCUGUAACAAUGAGCAUUGUUAUUGACACAUCAACAUUUUCCACUAAGGACACAUGGAUUCGUGUGUGUCCAAAAUCCAAACCAAUCUUAAAUUUCAUUUUUAGAUUGUAUUGGUUAGGAUCACUCAUCAGUAUGUGGAAAGAAAUCUGUUGGUGAAGUUUACUGCUCUGAAAUCACUAAUGUGCUGAUUAACUACCAAGCUGGACCUGAACUACAGAAGUUAACCCUGUUGAAAGUGAGAUUUAGGCCUUAAUCCCAUCAGAAAUUCUGCACGGGGAUAACUUCAGGUGAGUCAAAAGCUCUGCUCCAUAUGUACAGUUAUGUUCGUAGUUAUUUGCGGGAUCAAGUAUUCAAAGACCAGCUAGUCCUAUCUAUCUCCCACCAGUGGAAACUGUAUCUAAACAUGACAAAUGUCACUAUUUUUUCCAUGUCUUUCACCUAUUCAAGCAGCAGCUGCUCAGGUCCUCAACUGUCUGUUAAAACAACUCUUAAAAUUACUGCAAUCACCUAAGGUAGAAAUGCUGAAGGAAUGUCAGAGACCUUGUAUAAUGCCAUAUAGCUUUGAAAUAAUAUAUUUUUUUCAAAAGAAAGUAUUUCCCCAGGCAUGGGUAGUUGUUCACCUGAAUCUACGUGUAUCCUGUAGUGACAGACGUUAAAAAUUAAUAUAGAAAAGUGGAGAGGGAGGGCUUCUCCGUCUUUUCCCAAUGUGAAAGGACUUGUGGGUCUGGAUGACUUUUAUGUGUGGUUUUAGAAGAUUCUCUUGUUUUUUCCAUCUGUUUCAUCUUGCUGCCUGAGCAUCAAUGUCCAUCUCCUUCCACUGUACUCGUGAAGUUGCUGUUCUAAUACCAGAUAGUUGUGCAGAAUGUUCAUUCUGAAGGAGUUUCCCUUAAACAAAUUCAAAAAUAAUGAGAAUAACUGUGGAGAAAGAUUCAAAAAAGCUUUUGAAAUAUUAACCAAACCAGAAAUUCAGUUUUCUCUCGGUGUUGAUGAAGAACUUGACUAGAGCCGAUUUUCUUUUCAAGCCUACACUUCCAGUGCUGUAUCAGGCCCGAACAGGGACUUUAUCCACAGGAUAAAAAUAUAUAUAUAUAUAUAUAUAUAUUCAGUGAUGGGUUUCCAUGUAUUGGGCUUGCCAGUUGGGCUUUUAGGAAAGGCCAUUAAGUUUUCACAACUCAUAAGCUGACAUUGGUAGGAAAUACGCCCAGUUUUGUUUUGCAGUUAGUGUGAUGCUGUUGUCCUGCAACAAACCUUAACAUAACUAGGAAUUUUGAUUUGAUGCCAAAGUGAGCAAUAUUGCUGGUGACCUUUGAGCUGGCAGUAAAGCGGCAUUCUCAAGGCCUUAAAUUAGUAGGGCAAGCAGAAUAGCAAAUCCGUUCUUCUGUUAGAAACCGCAGUAUGGUUGGCUCUACGGUUAAAUUCCCCUUCUAGACAAAUAAGGUGGGUGAUCUUGGUCAUGGCCACAGACACCAUAGGGUCAACAAUCAAGUGAAAUAAUUUUGGCUAGUUCUUUCUGGUUUUGUUAGCAAGGCAAAAAUACUCUUCAUGCUGAUUCAUAGCAAUUUUAGGGCCAUUUUCUGGUCAGCAGAAUGUCAGGUAAUGGCAGUGAAUGUGAAGGAAUACUUCUGGAUCUACCUGCGUGCAGCACAGAUGAGCAUUACCAUCAGCAAGCUAAAUUUUACUCUGUGUUUUACUGGUAUUAAUAUGGCAAAUAUGAAGGUUACUACUGAAAUGAAUGGAAAUGUUGCGGGUAUCUAUCGUGCAAGCAGGAUUUGUGCUAGCAGAAUUUGGCCCACAAGCCCUAAGAACCUUUUAGAAUAUCACAAGCAGUAGUAUCGCGUCUGAAGUAGUAGAGGGCACACUACACAAAAUGACGAUGCUGAGACUUUUUACUGACCAAGUCUUACUGUAGUAGAAAGGAAGGUUUGUGCUUACUACUGACAGUGUUGUUUAAACAGCUCUUAAGACAAUUGGAUAGUUUUUUCAAGUGAAACAAAUUAUUUCUCAAUUUGCCUUAAAGGAACUGUGAAAGCUUCUCUUUAACUUAAGCCUGAUUGAAGUGAACUGAAACACUGUUUAAUUGUAUUUGUUGCUUUAGAGCUUUUGUUAUAUUGUGCCUACAAAGCAAAUUAUGUUUACAUAAAAAUAUAAAUAAAAUAUUGAGCAUAGCAUUA